CUUCCAAGGAGGUGACUAGCAGCAGGACUUCAUCUAUAGAACAGUUUCAACUCACACGCCUUACAGAACCAGAAUGCUGAAGGCGGCAAAAACGGGAACAGAUCGCAGAGCAGCACUUUCGCAGUCUUCACCCUCAACUAAGGCCGCGAAGGCAUCACAGCAAAGCAGCUCCGAAGGCACCUUCAGUGGGGACACCAUUCACUCAAUUUACAAAUGUAUUUCAAAUGAUUUACCAAGGGAGUUUAUGUCAUCCCAGGCAAAAGCAGUUAUUAAAACUACUGAAGAUUAUUUGCAGCCUCAGUUUGGCCCCAACAGACGGUUGCUUUCAGCAGCAAUAUCAGAAGGGUCAGGACUUCAAGAUUGCUCCACACAUCAAACAGCAUCAGAUCAUAGCCAUGAAAUAUCAGACCCAGAUAGCUACAAAUCAAACAGUGAAAACAAUCCCUGUUUUAUAUCAGCAUCCAAGAGAAACAGACCUGUCAGUGCUCCAGCAGGUCAACUGAGAGCUGCGGCGCUCUCAUCUCCAGAAUUUCAGUCGGCCCAGAACUGGCACAGAAUCUCUCACAGGGGUAAACUUCAGCCCAGAGUGAUUAGAGUAACAGCUUACAGAAAUGGAUCUCACACAGCCUUUGCCAAAGUUACUGUACCAACCAUCACCUUGUUGCUGGAGGAGUGCACGGAAAAGCUGAAUCUGAACACAGCCGCACGACGAGUGUUCUUGGCAGACGGCACUGAAGCCCUCGAACCUGAAGAUAUACCCCACGAAGCCGAUGUUUAUGUUUCAAUGGGAGAGCCCUUUUUAGAUCCAUUCAAAAAAAUUAAAGACCAUCUGUCGUUAAUGAAGAAAGUAACUUGGACAAUGAAUGGGCUGAUGUUUCCUACUGAAGUCAAGAAACGGAAAACCAAGCCUGUUCUUUCUGUUAGAAUGAAGAAACUUACUGGGAAGACCUCAGUCCGAAUUCUGUUCUUUAAGAACGGCAUGGGGCAAGAUGGGCAUGAGAUUACAGUGGGAAAGGAAACAAUGAAAGAGGUUUUAGAUACUUGCACAAUGAGAAUGAAUCUAAAUUCACCAGCCAGAUAUCUUUUUGAUUUAUAUGGCAGAAAAAUUAAAGAUAUUUCAAAAGGUUGGCCUUCAAAACACAGAAAAGCAGCAAAUGUUCCAACUUCCAAUGCUGAAAAUGACCGAAUCGCAGUCUCAUACUUACCUACAGUAACAGGCGAAGCUCACGGCGUGGCCUAA